AUGCGAGACUCGUCUCGCAGCGGACUGCGGGUCCCCUGCUGCCUCGCAGACCAAGAGGCCUCUCGCUCGGCGACUAGAGGAUCGGAGGCGGACGCGCCGUCUAAGCCGACCUCGUCCUCGCGGCCUUCGGCCGGCUGCUGUGCCGCGACGCCCAGUUUCCAGACUCGCGCGGCGCCUUCUCUGCGUCGCGGCGGGAAAACCGAGCGGAGGAAGCAGGCGGGCGGGCGGCGACAGGAGGUGUUCCACCGCGGAUCGCGCAGCGCACAUCACGCGGGAGGCGCGGCCUCACGCACGCCGGCAAGACAAGUCAAGGCCGAAGACGACAGCGAAGUUAUGGAGGAGGCAGCUUACCGCGACGCGGAAGAGGACUCCGGACCCGACCAGCAGACAGAGGGCGACGGCGACGGAGAAGAAGACGCCGAAGGAGAUGAAGACGAAGACAGGGAGGAUGCGCCCGAGGACGAUGGCAGCGAGGGGGGUCCGGACGCAGAGAGUGAGGAGGCAGGCGACGACGACGCUGAGAUCGACUACCACGACAGCUCUUUGUUCUCCGUCUCGUCCUACGCGGAGAUGGAGGGGCUGCUGCACACUCGGCUCGUCCGCACGCUCAAUCACCACGGCUUUCGGCGGCUGACCGCGAUUCAGCACCUCGCCAUCCCCACAGUCCUCCACGGGCACGACACGCUCGUCCAGUGCUUCACAGGUUCCGGGAAGACGCUCUGCUUCGCGGUGCCGCUGCUGCAGCAGCUUCUGGCGCAGCACGAGCGCAGCGGAAAGAACUUGAAGCGCAGCGACGGCACCCGCGGCCUGCUUCUCAUGCCCACGCGCGAACUCGCCCUUCAAGCCUGCUCUCAAAUCAGCCGCCUCGCGCAGCUCUUCCCCUGGAUCGUCGUCGCCUCCAUCACAGGCGGAGAGAAGAAGCAGUCGGAGAAGCGCCGACUGCGCGCAGGCGUCUCGAUUCUGCUGUGCACGCCGGGGCGACUGCUCGAUCACCUGACCACCACGUCGUGUUUUCAGGUCUCGUGUUUGCACCUGCUCGUCCUCGACGAGGCGGACCGGCUGCUGGACAUGGGCUUCGAGGCCAAGCUGAAGAAGAUCGUCACGCUGCUUCGCGAGAAGAAAGCCGAGCAACUCGAGAUGCGCGCCAUGCGCGAAGAAGUCCUCGCGGAGCAGCGCGAGCGGGCGCACCGGGCCUCACGCGACGACGACGACGACGAGCAGGAGGAAGAAAGGCACGCCGAAGCCCGCGAGACCGCGGAAGUCGCAGCCGUCUCUCCAAAGGCGCGCGUCUCCCACGCCGCGCCGGCCUCGGGCUCCGCGGCGCGGAGUGACGAAGCGGGCUUUCAAGUCAUCAUGGCCUCUGCGACGCUCACGCCUCAGGUGCAGCGCCUGGCGGCCUUCUGCCUGCAGCAGGCGCCGCAGUGGGUGUCGCUCGACAGGUGCCAUUCCUCGCUGCGUGCGCAUCUGGAGGCGAAUCAGGCGGGCUCGCCUGCGCGCCGUGCAGACGCCGCGCCCCAUGCCGCUGCAAGCCUGUCAGCCUUCCCCUGCUGUUGCUCGCUUUCCGCGAGCAACGCGGUUUCGGCGGAGGCUGGCAAGGCCGCGAGCGAUGAGGAGACCGGCGACGAGGCCUCGGGCGCGGAGGUGCGGGGGGAGGCCACGCGCUUCCACGUUCCCUCGCAGCUGCGGCAGUAUUACCUCCAGGUGUCUUCGCCGCGGAUGCGCCUGCUCCCGCUGCUCGCGCUGCUGCUGCAGGUCGCGAAGAGCGGCCGCGGGAAGGCCGUUGUCUUCCUCUCGUGCUGCGACGCAGUCGAGUACUUCCACACGCUGCUCCAGCGCAUGCAAUGGCCAGGCCCCGUGCUGGACCGCGAGCAGAAACAGAGACAGAAGGAGCGCCUCGCACUGAUGCGCAAGCUCCAGGGCGGGAAGGGCAAGCGGCGUGCGAUUGCGCGCGCGGUUCGCGGCUUCGAGAAGGAGCAAAAGAAGAUGAAGAAGCGCAGAAAGCGACAGCAGCAGAGCGGCGACGAAGACGGCGCGGCGUACCGCGACGACGACAGCGACGAAGAGGAGGAUGAGGAGGACAGCGAGUCAGCGGACGAUGAGGCAGCAGACGAAGGCGACGACGAGUUGUGGGGCGACUACAUCCUCAGAGGCGUUUCCCUAUUCAAACUCCACGGACAGAUGGGGCGAGACGACCGCAUCGGUUACCUGAAGGAAUUCAGCGACGCGGACGGCGCCGCCGUCCUCUUCGCCACUGACGUCGCAGCUCGCGGUCUCAACUUGCCGCAUGUGAACUGGAUUGCUCAGUUCGACCUGCCGCAGCAAGUCGAGGAGUACGUCCACCGCAUUGGGCGAACGGCGAGGCUCGGGAAAGAGGGCAAUGCGCUCAUCUUUCUCCUCGACUGCGAAAAAGGCUACGUGGACUACCUCCAGAUGCGGGGAUUUUCUAACAUCCAGGAGAUGGACGAGUCUCGCAUGCUUGACACACUAUUCACGGCGCACAUGCCGGAGUAUCUGCGGCACCUGGACAAUCCUGCUUCCUUCUUGAUAAAACAGUUCUCGCUCUUCGUCGCAGAUCGGCCGUCGCUGCUUCAGACCGCUCGAAAGGCCUUCCUAGGCACUCUCAGAGCGUUUCGCUGCUUGGGAAAAGAGAUCAAGGCUGUCUGCUCGCACGCAACUCUGCACACGGGUCACUUGGCGUCGUCCUUCGGGCUGAACGAGGCGCCCCGCGAGGCUGCGAUGCGGCUGCGGUCCAACGCGCCGGCUGCCGAGUCUUCUGACGCGAAGGGCGCGUCUUCGAAGACACACGCCUUGACCUCAGGGCGGCACGAGAAGGGCGGACGAGGCGACUUCGGUAAGACUUCUUCUCGCUUCUCUUCACAGGACAAACGCAGCAAGAAGCCUGUGCCGCCCACACACGGCAAGGACAGAAAGGCGGCAGGCAGAGCGAAGGGACGCGCGGAUGAUGAGAAAAUCGAGAUAGAAGAGGUUCAGGGUGGGGUUGCGUUCGGCGCGAAGCCGAACAGGACCAAGCCAGGGAGGCAGGAGAAGGAAGGCGACAAGCACAAAUCGAAAGACUCAGAUGCGCUCCGAGCCGCCGCACGCCUGCGCGAAAAGGGAGACCUCCUCGUGUUAUCUAACAAGGACAAAAAAGAAAAACGGGGCUUCGCAUUUCCACUGGGUGCCGACAGAAAGCGCCAGCGGGAUGACGGAGAGGCAGCCGCGAGGAAGAAAAGCCGAGUGGGCGAAUUGUUUAGACGCAGAAAGACGUCCGGCUUUGCUGGCAAACCCGGCGGUGCACACAGACGCACAGAUGACAGGGGCAACCAGACGUUCGGAGGCCCUGAUAGGCGAAUGAAGCAUCUGUCUCAGAGUGAAUUUUCUGCCUAG